AUGAGCAGCAGCCAUCAGUCCGUAAGCAGCUCGAGCUUUUCAAGUAGCCAUCAUCCAGUCAGUAGCAUUGAUGCUGAGAAAAGGACCUCAGUUUCUCACACGGAUGGCACGUACAUUUCAACCACAUAUACCAGAGGAGGAGAACGGACUCUCCUGUCUAUCUCGAAUAGCAGCACCUCUGCUGAGUCCUCAGAAAGUUCCACCUUUUUUUCUGAAAUUUCCAACCCUUCUGAUUCAUCAAAAUCUUCUGUGGCACAGGAGAGGAGGGGCAAUGCAUCCAGCGAUGGUGGAUUUGUUGGACCAUCUACUGAACCGUUGCUGGUACACUCUUCCGAGCUGUUGACUUCUGCUUCUGCAGGCAGUAACAUCUCUAUCUUCAUCAGCAUUUCCAGACUCUUCCUCACUCUCAUCACUGCGUCACUCGCUGUCAUCAACUCCACCACCAACCGCAUUGUCACCGACAAGUGCACAGUCCUGCCUACCUCUGCCCUUGCAUGUCUGGAAGUGGAUAAAUGUCUUUCCAACCCUUGUCCUGCUCUGGCCACCUGCAACAAUAGCCAUGGUUCCUAUAUCUGUCAGUGUCCUCUUGGAUAUGAGCUGGAAAAAGGAAAGUGCAAUUUAGUAAGAAUAUUUAUCGGCCAAGUCCCCCUGAAACUUAAUAUUACCCAUGGAAAGUACGCAGAUCUUCUUCAUGUCGAGGGUGAAAUCCUGGGUAUGCUCGAUGCAUCGCUGUCGGGCUUGCCAGGGUACCACCACUCCACAGUUAAGGCGGCCAGGGAGGCAAAUUCUGUGCAUGUUUCAGUGCAAUCCACGUUCUCUUUAGCAUCCAACGUGACUUUCUAUGACGUUGUCAGCAGCGUGAAAAGCUACAUUCGGGCUUGCAAAUCCCCCACCGAAACCUGCCAGUUCAUCUCCAGCCUGAAACCACUCCACAGAGUUGGCAGCUUGUGCAGGCAGAAAGACCCCGAAUGCGACAAGGAAACGUCUGAAUGCACCGACUUUGAUGGCGUCGCGCUCUGCCAGUGCAAAAGCGGGUACUUCAAAUACAACAAGAUGGACCACUCCUGUAGAGCCUGCGAAGAUGGAUAUAAGCUGGAAAAUGAGACCUGUGUGAGCUGCCCGUUCGGCUUAGGUGGAUUCAACUGUGGAAACCCAUAUCAGCUCAUCACGGUGGUGAUAGCGGCUGCAGGAGGGGGACUUCUGCUCAUCAUGGGCAUAGCGCUGAUUGUCACCUGCUGCCGGAAGAAUAAAAAUGACAUAAGUAAACUCAUUUUCAAGAGCGGGGAUUUCCAGAUGUCUCCGUAUGCUGAAUAUCCAAAGAACCCCCGGGCACAGGAGUGGGGCAGAGAGACCAUCGAGAUGCAGGAGAACGGAAGCACCAAGAACCUGUUGCAGAUGACAGAUGUGUAUUAUUCGCCAACUGGACUGAGAAACCCUGAACUGGAAAGAAAUGGACUUUAUCCUCCCUACACUGGUUUGCCUGGAUCUCGACAUUCAUGCAUCUACCCUGGACAAUAUAAUCCAUCCUUCAUUAGUGACGAAACCAGAAGAAGAGACUAUUUUUAG